CGUCGGGAGCCGAGCGGCGAUGGCGGCGGGCGGGGAGCCGCGGGCGGGGGUCGGUGCGGGGGGCCGGGCCGCGCUCUCCUGGACCGGCUGCUGCCUGCAGGCGCUGCUCUGGCUGCUGGCGGUGAGCGGCGAGGAGCGGCCCUACAUCGUGGAGAAUUGGUUGAAGACCUAUGGAUAUUUUCUGCCAGAUGACCUCCGCACCUCAGCCCUGCGAUCUGCUCACUCUAUGCAAGCUGCCAUUGCGGCAAUGCAACGAUUCUAUAGGAUUCCAGUCACUGGCGUCCUUGACGAGACCACCAUUGAAUGGAUGAAGAAGCCUCGAUGUGGAGUCGCUGAUCAGCCUCGGGUCACUCGGAGACAGAGGAGUAAGCGCUAUGCAUUAACUGGGCAGAAGUGGAGACAGAAGCACAUUACGUACAGCAUUCACAACUACACACCCAAGGUGGGAGAGCUCGAGACGCAUCAAGCUAUCCGCCGUGCGUUCAAUGUCUGGCAGAAAGUCACUCCAUUGACUUUUGAGGAGAUUCCUUAUGAGAUGAAGAGUGACAGGAAGGAAGCAGACAUUACGAUUUUCUUUGCCUCUGGUUUCCAUGGUGACAGCUCCCCUUUCGAUGGGGAGGGAGGUUUCUUGGCACAUGCUUACUUCCCUGGGCCUGGAAUUGGCGGGGACACACAUUUUGACUCAGAUGAGCCAUGGACAUUGGGAAACUCCAAUCACGAUGGCAAUGACCUGUUCCUUGUGGCCGUUCACGAGCUGGGCCAUGCCUUGGGCCUGGAACACUCCAACGACCCCAGCGCCAUCAUGGCUCCCUUUUACCAAUACAUGGACACGGAAAAAUUCAAACUGCCGCAGGAUGAUCUACAAGGCAUUCAGAAGAUCUAUGGUCCACCCACACAGACCCUGGAACCCACCAGGCCUCUGCCAACCCUCUCUGCUCGCAGGAUCCACUCCACUUCGGACAGAAAACAUGAGCGACAGCCUCGGCCUCCUCGGCCGCCUUCUGGGGAGAGACCCUCCUACCCUGGUUCCAAACCCAACAUCUGUGAUGGACACUUCAACACUGUGGCCUUGUUUCGAGGAGAGAUGUUUGUUUUCAAGGAUCGCUGGUUCUGGCGUCUGCGCAAUAACCGUGUUCAGGAGGGGUACCCCAUGCAGAUCGACCAGUUCUGGAAAGGGCUCCCCACCAGGAUCGACGCUGCCUACGAGAGAUCGGACGGCAAGUUUGUUUUCUUUAAAGGCGACAAGUACUGGGUGUUCAAGGAGGUGACAGCGGAGCCUGGCUACCCACACGGCCUGCUACAGUUGGGGAAAGGACUUCCGCGGGAAGGAAUAGACACUGCCCUUCGCUGGGAGCCAGUGGGGAAAACCUACUUCUUCAAAGGAAACAAGUACUGGAGAUACAACGAGGAGAAGCAGGCGCCUGACCCUGGGUAUCCCAAGCCCAUCACCAUCUGGAAAGGAAUCCCAGAGGCUCCCCAGGGGGCCUUUGUGAGUAAGGAAGGAACCUACACGUACUUUUACAAAGGGAAGCAGUACUGGAAGUUUGACAAUCAGAAGCUGGUGGUGGAGCCAGGAUACCCCCGGUCGAUAGUCAAAGACUGGAUGGGCUGCAAUCAUAAAGAUAUUGACACAGGCCGAGAAAGGCAUCGACCUAGUAAUGAUGUGGACAUCAUGGUCCAGAUCAACGAUGUGCCCAGCACCGUGAAUGCCAUCGCUGUCGUCAUCCCUUGCAUCUUGUCUCUUUGCAUCUUGGUGCUCGUCUACACGAUCUUCCAGUUCAAGCAGAAAGGGUCACAACAGAACCUGGUGACCUGUAAGCGCUCGGUGCAGGAGUGGGUCUGAGGAUCUGUGCACAGAUUGGUUCAUGAGGGCUAUUAGUGAAUGAGGCAGAAAUCUUCCAUCCAUAGGAAGGACAAGUCAAGAGGAUGGAAUCUCUGAACCUUGCGGUAUUUGUGGUGUUUCUAUGGAACAAGUGAACUGGGAGCUCCCACCACACACACCUCGCAUCUUUCCUGCAAUGCCUCAUUCAUGUUUGUGAUGUGCCAUUUUGUUAGCCCAGUCUGCCUGCGUACUUUGAUACGUUGGUGGGUGGACCUUUUUCAUAAACAAAGGCAAGUACCACAGAAGACGCAAGGACAAACUGGGUCUGUGAUUCCUUAUUCUGCAGUGUUGUUGAACGGUUACCUGUUUGGCAGAUGUUCACACCGGAACACGUUCUUUUAAAACUCAAAACAUCUAUGAACAGAAAUGUUGAACGAGAAAAGAUGUUAUUGGUCAUGAAAGAAGUAGGACAUCUGAAGCCAAGCGGACAAAGAUCUCGACUCUUACUGUAGUGUCAUUUUAUUACACAUUAAGUGGAACAUUAGAGAAAAGAGAACACAGAUUUGUUAAUCUACAGGGGAUUAAAACAUUUCAAUGUAUUUUGAAAUAAGUGGGGGCCAAAAUAUCUACAAUAGUUAAACAGCCUUAAAACAUUUUUUUUGUUAGUUGUUUGGUCAAGUCUUGAAUGUCAACCCAUAACAAGUCUUUGUGAGCCUUCGUCAGUGUCAUUAAUGAAACUGUGACCAUGGCAUCAGAGGCCUACUUAAUUCAGGCCUUCUGGCCAAGCAUGCUGAGCAGUCAGUGUUAGCAUUACCUGUCUAGUGUACUGGUAGAUCCAGACUCACCAUUCCACACAUCAGUAUCAAGUCACCCAACAAACAGAAGUGCCACGAUAGUUGGUGAAAUGGUCACUUCUCUGAGAGGGAAAGUAGUGACUUGGAAACGACCAGGAUUUGGGUCUGAGCUGAUCUGAGCAGUAUUAUACAGUGGUCUGUGUAAAUGAGUAGGUAUGUCAGGUUAAGGGCAUCGUGCAGAUCCUGAUGGAUGAAUGAUUGAACAGGUUCCACAUGAUGCUCAUUGUGCCGGCCCUGGCCCCCAUUAAAGUUCCAAUGUACAGGGAAUCUCUCUCUAAGCAGCUGCACCAACUCCUCCUGUUUACGCUUAAUUGUAAAAUUGGAGAGUAGAUAAUCUGCAUUUGUUUUCUUGACCAAAAUUUCAGAUGUCUCAUUUUAACCUGGUGGGCAGUGAUUUUGUGGCUCUAAGGAUUGAUGAGGUUUGGAGAUCAGUUCUGUUAAACCCCAAUCUUGACCCGGUUGAAAGAUAAACUGACUCUCAUGAAUCUGCAUUAACUACCAACCGUUUUGUCACCAUUAACAAUUUUAAUCAGGUGCAAUUAAAAUUUACUGUGCCAUGGAAUUACUGCAAGAGAUUUAUUUUUAAGAUGGUAGCUGGUGUCAGAGGGAGAUGUGGCUGUUAAUCAUCAUCAGAGAUUCCUUAUCACUCCAGUCAGGUUAGAUGGGAUUCUGUUCAAUUCUGCAACUCACUGAAAUGUUGAAUCAAACGUUCAAACAUCCCCAACUAACCGGGGAAAGGCAUGAGCAGAUAAUGUGAAUUAAAGGGUGCAUGGGGAGUUCGUUCUUUGGUUUUGGGUGGAAUUAUGGGUCUUGUGUAAGUGUUCGCGAUCACUUACGUGGGAAGUGCACGGAUUACUGUUGUCAAGUCUGAAAUAUGUGACGUUAGUUGGGUUGUAGAUAGUCUUGCUGCAACUGAGAGAGUGGUUACAUGUUAACUGAUUAUUCAUUUAUUUCUCUUUCUACGGUUAAAUGUAACAGUAAAUCUCAACAGCUACACAAGGCACCACCCAGUGCUGUUGACCAAAAGACAGAUCAACCUUUCCACUACUCAACCUUCAAUUUUAAUCUUUUGUUGUUUGCACUGACUGGCUCUGCUCCAGAACUCGCUCCAUCAACAUUGAUAAUCAGAUUUAAUGUCCUGGUUUUCUCUCUGUUACCCAGUCUGAUAUUGCUAUAAAGUGCAUAUCCAAUUACUUAUGGGCUAGAGCUGAGUUUUUUUAUUUUUGAAUUGUUAAUUUCUAAGUGCUUAUUUAUUAAAUCUAUUCAUAUCUCACCUGUGGUGCGGUUAUGUUGUGCACAUUCCAGGAACAGUUACUGUUGUACUCAAGAUGGCUGCUAAUGCAUCAAUCAAAAUGGUGGCUGGCCAGUGGCCUACUUGUGUGAAGGGAUCUAAUUUCUCCGUAAUGUUUGAAGCGAGUCUGUGCAUUGUUAGAAUCAGAGUGUGAACUGAGCUGAAGCUUUGUACAGAUGUAAAUGUUGAGAAAAGAUGUAGAAACUCUUUGUAAAGUUUAACAAAAAAUCA